UCACAGAGUUUUGUGUCUGUUCUGAGGCAGUGGAAGUCUGACAUGUCCAGCUGCCACGAGGUAGAAAUGGCUCAGGGAGGGUUCCAUUUCGACCGAGAAAGAUUCUGCUGUUUGAUCUGUUUGGAUCUACUGAAGGAUCCCAUGACUAUUCCCUGUGGACACAAUUACUGCAUGAGCUGUAUCAGAGGUUUCUGGAACGAGGAGGAUCAGAGGAGAAUCUACAGCUGCCCUCAGUGUGGGCAGACUUUCAGACCAAGGCCCGUCUUGGUCAGAAACAACAUGUUAGCAGAUUUAGUGGAAGAACUGGAAAACACUGGCCCCCAUGCGAACAUCUGCUCCCAUCAUGACGAGGUGGUGAAAAUGUUCUGUCGUACUGAUCAGAAGUGCAUCUGCCACCUGUGCUCUGUUAAUGAACAUAAAGGCCACGACACAGUCUCAGCUGCAGCAGAAAGAACUGAGAGGCAGAAAGAGCAUCAGGUGAGUCGACUGAAAAUUCAAGAGAGAAUCCAACACAAAGAAAGAGAUGUUAAAGUGCUUCAGCUGGAAAUGGAGAAGACUGUGCAAUCUGCAAAGAAAGUAGUCACCGAAUGUGAGACGAUGUUCACUUUGUUGAAUGUCAUCAAGAAGCAGAUCAGAUCUCUACAGGAAACUGAAGUGAUUCGGGUCAAAGCAAUUCAGGAGAAGUUAGAGGAGGAGAUUUCUGAACUGAGGAGGAAAAACGCUGAGCUGGAGAAACUUUCAAUGCAUCAGGAUGAUAUUCAGUUUCUCCAAAAUUGCCCCAUGUCAUCAAAAAUCUGUGAAUCUCCAGAGGUUCCCAGCAUGAAAAUCCGUCCUCUGCGGAUCUUUGAGGAUGUGACAUCAGCUGUUUCACAGGCUAGAGAUAAAAUAGUGGAUCUUCUGAGUGAGAGCAUCACCACAGCAGAGAGUAAAAUAGAUGUUUCGCCCUCUUGUACGGAGCCGAUGAGCAGAGCUGAUCUCAUUCUAUACUCAUGUGAAAUCACACUGGACCCAAACACGGUGAAUACACAGCUUUCAUUGUCUGAGAUGAACAGAAAGGCAACGUUGAUGAGAGAUCAGCAGGAUUAUCCAAGUCACCCGGAUAGAUUCAUUCGGUGGCGUCAGGUCCUGAGUAGAAACAGUCUUUGUGGUCAAUGUUACUGGGAGGUGGAGUGGAGGAGGAAACGAGUCACAGUCGCUGUUGCAUACAAGGACAUUAAAAGAGCAGGCUCCAUGACUGAUGUUGCUUUUGGAUUUAACAAUAAGUCUUGGGCUUUAGAGUGCAACUCCAGCAGUACUUACAAGUUUAUACACAAUGGCGUCAAAAAGCAUAUCUCAGGCCCCUGGUCCUCAAGGAUUGGGGUCUUCCUGGAUCACAGAGCGGGUGUUCUGUCCUUCUACAGUGUCUCUGAAACCAUGACUCUGCUCCACAGAGUCCAGACCACAUUCACUCAGCCUCUGUAUGCUGGACUUUGGUUUAGUGGUUAUAAUGGAGCCACCGCUGAGUUCUGUGAGCUCAAGUAGACAAGAAGCAAUUAAAUGGACACUGUAGGACAGGGGUGUCUAAGACUAUGUUCAGACAGCAGGUUUUAAUGCACAAUUUGGAUUUUUUUGGUGAAGUCUGAUUUUUUUGUAUGCUCAUUCAUAUUACACAUUAAAUGCGACUUUAUCAGUUUUGAGUAUGAACUGAAUGUGACUCACAUGUGCAAAAAAGGUCCUGACUUAAAGGAGUGAUAUUUUGCUUUUUUAAAUGCAAUUAUUCAUUUUCAAACAUUUCCCUGUGGUCUACAUAAACUGUAAAUGC